AUGAAGUCGCAUUCCAGACUACGGAAACUUGCGUCCGCAGUACAGACACCGCGGCCUUUUAGACGGACAGUCCGAGACGGCCACCGGCACGAGUGUUUUUCUGCGACCCCCUACCGCGACGCUGAAGUCGCUUUUUCUCCAGAGGAGCGAGCAACCGAGGGUCACGUGUCUGCUUCACGCGAAUCCAACAGUUUCAGACAGUUCGUGGAGUUGUCGACGCUGCCACGUGGAGUCAGGCCGAGUGCCCCCAGGCUUCUCCACCAUACACUGGAAGUCGGCGACUCCCGCCACGCGUCACAGCGGUCUUCCCAUGUCUUCUACCGCAACUCGUUGUCUGGACUGUCAGGAAUCAACGCAGUGACUUCUUUUGCAAGCUGGAAACCUCCUUCGGUCAUCCCACUAUUUUCUGCAAGAGACGGACGUUUCGCCCACAGCAGCUGUUUGCGUGCUGGUCCAGGGCACUUCGUCGAGACCGCACAGGUUGGAGAUGGAGGAGAGAGGGAGGCCGUGCUUUCCGCUGGGGCUGGGGACGCCCGUCCAGCUGAGGAACGGCAGGCAGAAGAGCCUGUGAAGCAUCUGGGGGAUGCCGAAGAAGUUGCCUUAGACACGCGCGUCUUCGACGAGUGUGUCUACACAGAGGACGAGGAUAUUUUGGAGAAGAAACGGAGGAUUGGCGUGGGAAUGAGAGUCGGGGGUUCAGCGCCACAUCGUCGCGGCGCUUCCUUCUCUCCCUCCCUGUCGCCAGAUCCGCCUUUUUCCUCUUCUGACCUUCCGGACUCCUUUCCUUUUACGCUUUCCUCGCAGUGUCCGCGUCCCGACUCCCUUCCUCCGUCUCCGCCGCACGGCGCGCCCUUCUCUCCGACAUGCGCGCCUUCUUCUGCGCUGUCCUCGUCGCCUAAACUUGUCCCAGUCUCCGAGUACCGCAAACGGUCGUUGCGGUUUCCUCCGGACCAGGUGGCGGUGGGAGCUUUUGAGUUGGCGGUAAAAUUCGAGACUCUCGUAUCCCUUCGUUUCCCUCUCGACCAGCACCCGCGAAGAGCGCAGCCCGGCUCUCGCUCUCAGCCUUCUUCUCUCGCCUCCUCCCGUCCCCUCGCUGAGAUGCCCCAGCCAUACGGCAGCCUCCCUCCGCCGGUGGCUUUCGAGAAGAUGCUCGGCGACGCCAUUUCGACUACCAAAGCCAAUGCAGACAUCUUGCCUGUGUCGACACUGCUCUCUGUCGCUCAUGCAGCUGCGCGGCUGGGGGUGCAGGUUUUUUCCUUCGCCUCGGCUCUCCGGCGCCGCGCCCUAGUGCUUCUUCCUGAAAUAAAGAAUCCCGCGGCCUUCAUCCGGCUCCUGCAAGACUUGGAGAAGUUGGGAGGUCUGGGCGACCGCCACUUUGUCUUCUUCAGAGAGAAAGUAAAGGAGACGCUCCAGAGCGCUUCUUCACGCUGCUCGCUGUUCGGGACCGCACUGGUCGUUCACCUCCUCGCUCGACACAGAUUGCGAGACGAGGAACUCCUCACUCUCGCGUACCGCAGGUUUUCGAGAAAUCGAUACACUCUCGCUGCAGCUGUGAGACAAACGCCUUCUCUCCUGGCGGCGCUGCCGCUGGCACUGUCGCGGCUCGAGGUCCCUACGCUGGCUGCAGCGGUGUUGGACAGUCUGCUCAGUGACCAGGCGCCAGCAGCUGUCAGUCAGUUGUCGAUUCACGAACUGUCAAACCUUGCUUAUGCAAUCGCAUGCGUCUCCACCAAUUCCCAAGUUACUGUAGACACGCAUCCGUCCUCUGCGGACUCAGGCUCUUGUCAUGAGCAGAGGCCGGAGCGUUUCGAGGUUGGUUCAUCGGAAAAGGAGUGUCAGUCUGGGAUGAAGAUGCAACUGCAUCCGGAGCAUAGAAGCGUACGCGAGCAAUAUAAUGCAUCUGAAGUUGAUCCGGGAGAAAACAGCGCCACGGGUGGAGGAGUUGGAGACCCUUUUCUCGGAAACAAGAGGGAGAAUAAUACUUCAUUUAAGGUUCUUGAAUCCCGGUCUGUAUGCACACCCGAGGAAUUGAGGCGUCGGUCGACUCUGUUAACGACCAUCUUACGCACUCUGUCUCGCAGUUCCCUGAGGCGCCAUCCACUUAACUCGCCGUUCGAACGCGCGUGGAGACAGCUGAAAAUUAUCGACCUGUAUCUUCAGUUCAAUGUAGGACCUCUGCGUGUAGAUGAUGAGGAAGCGCUUCAGUUUCUGUCUCUUGCUCGGACGAAGAAGCUAUUGAACCUGGUUCAUGUGUCCCAGGUACAGAAGCGUGUUGGGCGCUUGCUUUUCGAUGAAGGACUGAUGUCUGAAAUAGACGUUGAGUACCCACUGGGGCCUUACGUCUUAGACUUUGCAAUACCGUCUCGCAAGCUUGUUGUAGAAGUUGAUGGGGAAGCCCAUUUCUUCUUUGGUACAACGGUGCCAACUGCUCAGACGCGAAUGAAGCGCGAACUGCUUGCCGCUAUGGGGUGGCGCGUGGUCGUCGUUCCGCAGGAACUUUGGAGAAAUAAAAGGAAAGGGAAAAUUAAAGAAUUCGUGGCGAGAAAGGUGCGAGAGGGACUCGAGAUCGACAACAGUGACAGAUAG